UGCUCCCCUUUUGAAUACUUUACAAAUAUAUCGAUUGCACCGACGAAAAAGAGAAUAUAUAGUUCAACAUGUCUAUGCUCGAUAAUUUGAAGAAGACAAAAAAGAAUCCAGUCUUCUUGGAUGAUGAUGACGUGGAUAUUGAUAAUAUGGACUUCCCUCUUCCAACAGACACACCUCCAUCACGACCGUCUUCUUCAUCACGAGCUUCAGCUAGCAACAGUGGUUUUCCAAACCUUGGUGGAUCUAGUGGAAUGCCUGACAUGGCUCAAUUGCAAAAGAUGAUGGAGAGCCUCAAUGCGGCUGGUGGUGGUAUGGCUGGUAAUGCUGGUCCAUCCACGUCAGCACCUGCAUACAAAGAGCCUGAACAUGUCACAGUAGCCACGACACCGCAAGGUGUCGUCAAAUUACAACCCGAGGAUUACAAAGAUUGGGUCUGUGUAUAUCCUUGCUACAUUAAUGCGGAAAUGUCAUAUAAAGAAGGUCGUAAAUUAUCCAAAGAGAAAUGCACCAAGAAUCCUCAUGCAUAUCAUAUGGCUUUAGCCUGUCAAAAGUUAGGGUUAAGUGUUGUAUAUGAGGGCAAAAGACAUCCAAGAGAUUGGGCAAAUGUUGGUCGUGUUCGUGUGCAAUUGAAAGAUAAAAACAACUUUUUUAUUAAGCAAGAUAUUAUUACCCGCAAACAAUUGUUUGAAGCUAUCUCCAGGUUGAUGCCACAAUGCCAGAAAGAAAGCGAAGUACCAAAGACAAUAGUAUCACCUUUAACAACAAUGACUGAAGUAAACGCUAUGAUUGAUGAGCAGAGAAAGGCACAAGGCUUACCUACAUUAGCAGAGAUGGAAGCUGAGCAGGCGAAGAACACUCCUAGUCCACAAAUGCCACCAAAGCAAAAGAUGAAGAGAAUCCAAGUUAGACGUCGAUAAAAGUUAUAGAUCAAUCUUAUAUGGUUUAAAGAAGUUCAGCAAAAAAAAAAAAGAAAGAAAAAAAAGGAAACGCAUCCAUUUUAGUAUUGAUAUCAACACUUUUUGUAUUAUAAUUUUCUUAAUAAACCAAAUCAUUAAUAACAUCAACGCUAAUGAUAAAGGUUAAAUUGGGCUAGAGUUUCUUUUUUU